AUGGAAGAACAACGUCGAACAGCUAGUAUCAAUGCCAAAUGUCUUUAUACUAUCAUGGAACCAGACACAUAUGGUGGAAUAAUUAAUUCUGUAGCUUUACCUUCUAAUCUAAUUCUUUCAAAAGAGUCAAUUCCAAUUCCUAUAAUUUCAUCAUCGAAUACCAACAAUUAUGAAACACGUUCAUCAUCAUCGUCGCGACGUCAUCAUCGAAAACAUCAAACUAAUGUAACAUCGAUUGAUGAUCAAGAUGAACGUAUUGAAGUAAAAAUUCUUCCACAAGAUGAUAACUGGGGCGAAACAACAACAACAACAUGUAACGGCGGUAAUGAAGAUGCAUUAACCAACAAUAAUGAUACUACUUUGCAAUUACACAGUCCUUUACAAAAUUUAACAAACAAAAUCAAUCAUCGCAAACGUUCAAUUGUAAUUUAUCAUUUUGUUAUUUAUUUACUUUGUCUUAUUGCUUUUGUAUCACCUAUACUAUUUCUAACAUUACCAUAUAUAUUAAUUCAAUCGGAUUUAAUAGCGAUUGAUGAUUAUACAUUAUUAUUAACAAUUAUUUUUAAACUUCUACUUUUAUUUGUUGGCACGUUAUUAUUAUUAUAUCGACGACGAACUACAAUUUAUUUACCACGCAUACAUUUACAUAAAAUACUUUUUAUGAUGAUUUUGACGAUGAUUAUUUUGGCUUAUUGGUUAUAUUAUACUUUUAAAUUAUUGCAACCAAAUGUUGACAAUUAUGAAAAAAUUUUAUCAAUGACAUCAACCUAUGAAGAUUUACUUUUAUUUUUAUUCCUAUUAGUUGUUAUUGUCUUAGAAACAAAAUGGUUAUAUCCCAAAUGGAUUGUUAAAGUUGUACGGUCACCUGAUGGAGAAACAAGACAAUAUACAAUUGGUUCGAUGUCAAUACAGGAAGCAAGUGUUUAUCUACUUGAACAAUAUUAUAAAGAUUUUCCUGUGUUCAAUCCAUGGUUGGAAAAUGUGCACCAAACACAAGCAAGACAACAUGGAGCAUUAUCAACGAAAUCUAUUGGAUCACAAUCGAAUGCAUCGACUAUUGCUACUGGUGUUAAUCGAAAUCGAGAUGUUACACGUUCGAUGCAUGAAUAUAAUGAUCGAUUCUACGAUGAACUUGAUUAUGAACGUCGAGUACGAAAACGACGUACAAAAUUAGUAAGUUCAUGUGAAGAUGCAUUUACACAUGUUCGUAAGUGUCUCAAUGAAAAAUAUGGUUCGCAUAUACCAAUGGAUGCUCGAGAAGCAGCACAAGCUGUAUUUUCAUCAAUGUCACGUCCACUUCAAAAAUAUCUUCGAAUAACUCGUCAGCAACCUUAUUUCACUCGUGAAUCAAUUAUUUAUCAUUUAUCAACAUGUUUAUCACAUGAUCUAUCGCCUCGAGCAUUUCUUGAACGUUACGUUCAAACAGAAUCACAGCCAUUAGCUACAACGCUACUUCCAGCAAUAGCAUCAACAACAAAUCAUGCUAUUGAACAAUCAUGGUCAAUAAUAUGCGAUCCACAACCGUAUAUCUAUGAGAAAGAGAACAGAAAAACAAUAUCAAUCAAUCAAUCGAUAUAUGCAAAUUUAGUAUUUGUACUAAAACAACAGCAUGCCGAACAUAUUGGAUUGAUAUGUUCAUUUCAUCAGAUGCCACGAAUACAUUUAAUUGAAAAAAUUUUCGAUUUAAAACAAAAUAGAUUUAUUUUAAAACUUAAUUCGGAAACAUCAGUUUAA